AUGUGCUAUUUAAACCCUUUUAAUCCGGGCGGACGAUACGACCUCCUGGAUGCCCUCUCAUUGUUAUCGCUGCGCCGCGACACCUCGCUCGGCCAGCCCGAUGCCAUUGGCAGCAUCGUCCGCGAACGGAUCGGAGGGGCGGCGAGGGACCAUGCCAACGACUACUGUCCAAAACAUCUCCCCAAUCCGAGCGCCGAACCACACGCUAUGGAGCCAAUGCUCUCCGUUCUUCUCCACCCACGAAGCCGUCCACUUGGUGAGCCCAAAAGAGACCCAGAACGAGACCAACAAGCCCAAGGCGCAUCUCGUUCCUGGGUGGUUGCGCCACCAGCCACCCAUCUUGACGAGGGCCGGCUCGACGUAGGGGAUACAUGGUCGAAUUACGACCAGAACAACGGACCAAAGCCAAGUCCUGAAGGUGCUCAAGUAGUUGCCCAUUUUUAA